AUGGUUGGAGAUGAUGUUGACAAUACAAAAAUUCGUAGUUUAUCCAUUUUUUCACCCGACAACAAAAAAGGUGAUGAUGGUAAAAACAGAAAAAAUCCACCAACUAAUGAACGAGUUCGUAAAAAGUCUGUAAAAUUCGCUGGUGAAAAUGAUCCUGUGACAUUAAUAGCAGAACCAGUAGAUCCAUGGAUGAAAAGACAACGUUUAUCACCUUGUGAAUUAAUUGGCAUUUAUAAACUCCGUUGUAGCAUAGCUAAGAUUCAGCCAUUGUAUAGUGUUAUUCUACAACUUCAAUCCAUAGAUCUUAAUCAAUCUUUGGCACGACGACCAUGUUUUAACCUUAAAGGUUGUCAACUUAAUGAAGGACAUAUUGAUAUGCUUGAAAAUGUUUUUAAGCAUGUUCAAUUUCAGUAUUUGAAUUUGGAAAACACAAAUCUUGAUGACGAGUCUGUAGAAUCAUUAUGUGAUAUUUUGAGUCAUUAUGAAACAUGUACAGAAAUAUGUUUGGCUCGUAAUCCAAAUGUUACUCCCAAUGGUUGGAUUACUGUUGCUUUCCUAUUUCGAAGGGUACCACAUUUAAAAUGGCUUGAUUUGAGGGGAAACAGUUUGGACUUAAAUUGUAUACAAAUUUUAUCAUUAUCUCUUCGAGCUACGUUCACAGAAACUGCUUCCAAACCGAUUAUCAAAGAGACUCGUUGUAAAAAUAGUUAUCAGCAACCUACGGGUCAUUUUAAAUCCUCCAAAAGUAGUAAAUUGGCAAUGACUAGAUGUGUAUCUUCCUCAGAACUAUAUUAUAACCUACGUAAAUCAACCUUCUCUGGUUCUCGUGGUCUGCAUUUGGGUAGUACAGGUGUCAAUGGAGAAUUACUACAAUCACUUAUUCCAGGUGUUCGUUUGGGAUGUAUUACUGAUCUUCGAUUGCCCAACAAUGGAAUCAGUGGAAGUGAUGCCAAGUUUCUAGUCCCUUUGCUACGUUAUGGAGCACAUCUAAAAUAUUUGGAUCUUAAUAGAAAUCUUCUUGGGGAUUUAGGCUGUCUAAUGAUUUCACAAGCACUGGCCUCACCAUGCUUUUCAUCUGAAACUACUAAUUCCAAUAAAAAAGGUGGAUUAAUUCGACUAUUUUUAUCACAAAAUAGGAUAACAGCUACAAGUAUGAAUGAGUUGUCAACUGGACUAACACAAUGUACACGCUUAACUACACUGAAGUUAUCCGGGUAUUUUAUAUCUAUCAGAAGUGUUAACAAAACAGAAUCACGUUUUACACUGAUUGAUUUGACAGGGAAUUCAAUUGGAAUGGAAGGAUAUUCUGUUAUCAGUAAUUAUUCAACAUAUUUAAAUGGAAAACUUAGAAUAAAAGGUCUAAACGAAAUACAAAUAUCUCCUGUAAUACACCAUAUGACAGAAUCCUAUGAGAAAAAUAAUACUGUUAGUUUACGUCACCAUAGUAUUCCUUCAAAAAUUCACCAAUAUGAUCUUCAUUCAGUUCGUUAUCGCAAACAUUCACUUGUCAGUAACCUGAAAAAUACUCAUAGAAAUUCAAUUAAAUCUUCUGAUUGUGUGAAACAUCCAGAAUGUGAUCCUCGUUAUUUAUGGGGUGAUAGUUCUGAUGAUGAUGAUGAUGAUGAUGAUGAUGAUGAUGAUGAUAAAAUUAUUGAUUCUGUAAAUAAUGACAACAAUGAGCCUAUUUCUUCAAUUGACGGAAUUGAUAAAGUUAACUUUCAAGUACAGAUUGAUGAACAAGGGAACAAAAGGAAGUUAAUAAGCAUAAUUCUAUUCAGUAAGUCCUUUCUUUUUAAUUAUUUCACUGUAUAAUGUAUACUGUAUGCUGAUAUUUGUCUUCAUUCAUGAUGUGUAGCCAGAAGUUAGUGAAAUUGACUAUUCACUGACGAUGUGUACAACAUCAUUAGUGUAAAUUUCUCUACCUGACUGUUAUCAAUUUUGACUUUGACCCUGUUAUUCAUAAUUAUCUCUUAUUAGAUAGUUGACUACACUUGACUAUAAAUCAUUUUGUCAUCCAUUUUUUUUCAUUGUCAUUUUAUUCAAUUAAUUUUUUAAUUAUUGAUUUCAUUAACUACCCUAGUAUAUUAUUAUUAUUAUUUUUUCUUUAAUUAAUGAAAUUAUUAAGCUAUUCAUUUUACUAACAGUCAAACAAAUCCUUCCUUAUAGAUGAACGUAAUUACUUAUCAUUUCAUAAGAAUUUGUGAUCAUAGAUGAGCUAAUGAUGACAAUCACAAGUAUUUCUCUCUUCUUUUUUAAUAAUAUACUGAAAUGAUAAUGCUUACAACUAGUAACCUCAUGUAGUACGAAAAUGUUUUACCCCCAAAAAACAAAAUGGCGAAUGUAAUUUUUCAUUACCUUGUCUGUCAAUAUUGCUUUAUGGCAGUGUUUUAAAAUUCUCAUGGUGAUAAGUUUUACUUUGCAUUUUUUUUAUCAGACUUUAUUCAAUAAAGUAAUAUGAACGCGUAUUAGCCAAUGUACUGAAUAUGACCUGUUGUACUGAUAUUCAACUAUUUUUAUCCUAUACGUGUAGAAUAAUAAUACUUCUGAUGUUCCA